UGACAAUUUGAUGAAAUAGGAUAAUACAUCUGACAAUUUGAUGAAAUGAGAGAAUACAUCUGACAAUUUGAUUGCAAUGAGAGAAGACAUCUGACAAUUUGAUGAAAUGAGAGAAUACAUCUGACAAUUUGAUGAAAUGAGAGAAUACAUCUGACAAUUUGAUUGCAAUGAGAGAAGACAUCUGACAAUUUGAUUACAAUGAGAGAAUAUGUCUUAAAUUUGUGAAAAUUAAAAUUACUUCUAACUAUAUGACAAGUGAUUAAAAGCAAGCACAUAUAAAUUAGUUUUAAUAAAAAUGACCACCAGUCACAAAGCGUUAGGAUCCGCUAACCGAUGGGUCAUUUAUCAUCAAUCAGACUUUUUUGUCCAACCACGCUUACACUUGAAAAAUCAUUAUUAUGAAAUAUGCUUGCCUCAAAAAUAUCUCAACAGAACAUGCUUGGGGCAGGAGGAAGCCACUUUGAUUCAAGAAGAGAAAUGUUGCUUGCAGGACUUAUUGUUGUGUUGAGUCUUCUCAUUUCCAAUGUCAUCGCUCGACAGACCAUAACCAAUGGAGGUAAGUUGGGGUUCUUAAAAGUUAUUCCCGAGACCCUUGAGGCGGGGGGGGGGGGGGGGGGGAGGGGGGAGGGGCGGUGAUGGAAGACCCAGACAUUUUUGAAGAAUAUUUUUUUUACAAAUCUGCACACACACAUAUUUAAACAAAACUCCGGUAUCUAAAGAAAAGAAUAAUAAACAACAAUUUUUUAAAAAAUAAAUCAUUAGAGCUGAUUCUAUUUUAACCAGCUUAAAGGUUAUGUUCAGUUGUCACGUCUGCUUAAAGCGUAUGUAAAGUUGUGACCUCUGCUUAAAGGUUAUGUACAAUUGUAACGUCUGCUUAAAGGUUAAAUGUAAAGUUGUCAUGUCUGCUCAAAUGCUAUGCUCAGUUGUGACUAGUUUGUGUGGUAAAAAUCGAUCAUGAUUAAUUUAAACACCGGCUUGCUGCUGGGGCUGAAUCUGUCUGUGGGUGCGCAGAUGGCUCAUCAGGCCGAUUCUAACACGAAUUGUUCUGCUGCAGAAAGUGCAGGGGAUAGAUGGGUUAACUCCCGGUACAGAGUUAACUCUGGUUUUACUAAUUUGUCUUUUGUGUUCUGCAGCAGCUGUUCCUCCAGUCUCAUGUUGCAUUGAGCCCUUGUGUAUUGAAGAGCGCCACGAUUCUCGAUCCUUCGAGGACUGUUCCCACAUGUCCGGUUCAGUGUGAAGGGCUUUCAAAGAUGCUUUCAGUGUGUCUUCAAAGCAUUUCUUCUGUCUCCCAGCAAAGCGCAUGUCCUGCCUGAGUUCAGAAUAAAAUAUUUUAAGCAAGCGAUUGUCUGAAGUUCUCACAACACGGCUCGCAUAAUAAAGUGUGUUUCCUACUGUCCAUGUUUGACUGCUGUCUUGUAAACCUUUAUUUUGGUUUAGGUGAAGAGGCCUCCCCUUAUUCAUACAUUCUUAGAAUUUGUUUCCAAAUGUUGCGCUGGCGCUUGCAAUUCGAAGGUUCACCUCAGCAUCUAUGGUUACCUUUGUAACAGUGUGCUGCCGAGGUGAGAUUAGCUGUGCACAACUAUAAACCUUUCACCAUUGACUUGGAUGCUGGGCUCGAUAGUAAGGUUUUCGUGGAGCUUACUGGUACAGGACCUGAGUCUUCUUUGUGUUAGUGGUAAGACCAAGGUUUGUGCAGACAGCGGAGAAGUUGCAUGUUGGCCUCUGAUUCAACGUUAAGGGUACAGUAGUCGACAUACAUAAAGUCUCUGGUGAUAUCUGUCUGGACUCGGAAUUUAGCGCUCAGUCUCCAGAGGUUUAAUACUUUACCAUAGUUUGGUCUCAGAUACCGAUUCCAAUGUCUCUCUCUCUCUCUCUCUGUAAGCGACAGACAGCAUUGCGGAUAACAUGAUCCUGAAAAGUAUUGGUCUCAGGACGCAAAAUCGUUUGACGCCAUUAGACACAGGGAAUGGUUGAGAUAUCUUUCUAUUUUCACGGACCUUAGCCUGUAUACUAUCGUGGAAUUUCCGCACCAUUGAAAUGAACUUUUUGGGACAUCCAUAUUUGCCCAUGAUCUUCCAGAGGCCUUCUCUGCUGAUAGCGCCCGAGCCAUGGUUGGGUCUACAUAGGGGGAGAAGAGGUCAACAUUUUGUUCCUGACGCUUUACCUACAGCUGUCUGGCCGCGAACAUUAUUUCGAUAGUUUCACUCUCUUUUCGAAAACCGCAUUUCUGUCAGUAGACAGUUCGCAAGAUGCGAAAUGAUGGGGUUGAGGAGGAUUCUAUCGAGUAUCUUGACUCCAAUGUAGAGCAAAGAUAAGCCAAAUUAGUUGUCAUGAGAUGUACGAUUCCCUUUAAGUGUGUAUAAGCGGACAAUGGAUGCAUCCUUAAGAUCCUGUGGUAUCUUCUCUUACUGCCUCAUUAGUAGGAACCGUUGGUGAAGCCUUUCAGCCACAGCUGUGCCGCCUUCCUCAUAAAGUUCAGCUGGAGUUGAGUCAUCACCUGUAGUUUUGCCACAAGAGGCAAGGCAUCCUAUAGCUUUGGUGCGUCUCGUUUGAAUGUCAUUUACCGUGGUCACGUCUGCCAUAAGAUUAUGUAUGAUUGUCGCAUCUGCCUACUUUUGAGUUUAUUAAAAACAAUUAAUUUGCAGCGCAGAAAUCAAGUAAAUUUCAAAACAUGAUUAAUUCUAACUCUUCUGUUAACUAUGGUUUUUAAAAAAAAUGUAAAUACAUUGCAAUUUAAUCAGAGGUGACACCUGUCAGAGACGGCACUUGUAGGCCUCUGUGUAACAAAAUGCAUUUAAAUAAUCUGAUGACUACUUUUUAAUCGGGAAAGAUGGUGCCAGAAAUGUUGUGAAAUUGUGAGGGGGAUUCUCAAAGAAUUUAACGUUUUUAGUACGGUAUGUUUAUUUCGGUAAUCAUUUGAAGAUGUUUGAAAUAUUUUGGGGGUUGCUAUAAAAAGAAGUGCGAGCAGUUGCUGGUGUUCUGGACGUUGAAGAUGGCUUGACAUAUGCAUCGACUUGUAUUCUGCAGUGCCCGGCCCGCCGUGUGGCGGCCACAGAUGUGCCCCCGGCGCCCGAUGUGUCAACAACAAAUGUGUCUGCCAGAGUCCGAAACAAGGCAUAGGCAGUUUUGUUUGUGUACAACCGGGUAGGUAGAAAACAUGGCAUUAUGUCUACAUACAGAUAGUACAUAUGGUACUCUGUGUACAUACAGAUAGUCAAUCAAUAUGACAUUUUGAAUAUGGCAUUCUGUGUACAGCCAGGUACACGGUACUAUCUGUGUACAGCCAGGUACACGGUACUAUAUGUGAACUAACAUAUCAGGUAGACAGUAGCAUCUCUAUAUUCAUGUUAAUAAGAUUAAAUAUGACAUUAAAUUUGAUUGAAUUAAUUGACGACCUCUAUAGUUAAUCUAUUGACGACCUCUAUAGUGAAUCUAUUGACGACCUCUAUAGUUAAUCUAUUGACGACCUCUAUAAGUAAUCUAUUGACGACCUCUAUAGUUAAUCUAUUGACGACCUCUAUAGUUAAUCUAUUGACGACCUCUAUAAGUAAUCUAUUGACGACCUCUAUAGGUAAUCUAUUGACGACCUCUAUAAGUAAAAAUCUACUCGUAGCACUGAAUAAGAUAGUUUUUCUUGUUUUUUUUUUAAAUUUGCAAACUUAAAUACCUUUGUAAAAUUUCCACAAAUGUUUCAAUUUUCCUCAUUUUCUUUAUCUCAAAGAUGAAAUGUUUUGCGCUAUAUUCAACGAUCCAAUGGUCAGGUCUUUUGGUGCAGAACACGUGCACGUGCCGCUGGGGAUGAAGUUUUUUGCUGCACAUGUUUUAAGCAACACGUGCAAGAGGAAAAACUCUAAGGUCGUCAAGAGCGACGGCAGUUGUGAUGUCCGGGUAAGUUGGCUCAUGGGCAGUUGUGAUGUCCGGGUAAGUUGGCUCAUGGGCAGUUGUGAUAUCCGGGUAAGUUGGCUCAUGGGGAGCUGUGAUAUCCGGGUAAGUUGGCUCAUUGGGAGUUAUGAUGUCCGGGUAAGUUGGCUCAUGGGCAGUUGUGAUGUCCGGGUAAGUUGGCCCAUGGGCAGUUGUGAUGUUCGGGUAAGUUGGCUCAUGGGCAGUUGUGAUGUCCGGGUAAGUUGGCUCAUUGGCAUUGGGUUAUAGAUGUGUUUGGUCAUGGUCCACCGAGUAAGCGAGAUCAUUGGCAUGGAUUUCAGAUGUGUGUUUGGUCAUGGUCCACCAAGUAAAUGAGAUCAUUAGCAUGGGUUUCAGAUGUGUGUUUGGUCAUUGUCCACCAAGUAAGUGAGAUCAUUGGCAUGGAUUUCAGAUGUGUGUUUGGUCAUUGUCCACCAAGUAAGUGAGAUCAUUAGCAUGGGUUUCAGAUGUGUGUUUGGUCAUUGUCCACCAAGUAAGUGAGAUCAUUGGCAUGGAUUUCAGAUGUGUGUUUGGUCAUGGUCCACCAAGUAAGUGAGAUCAUUGGCAUGGAUUUCAGAUGUGUGUUUGGUCAUUGUCCACCAAGUAAGUGAGAUCAUUGGCAUGGGUUUCAGAUGUGUGUUUGGUCAUUGUCCACCAAGUAAGUGAGAUCAUUAGCAUGGGUUUCAGAUGUGUGUUUGGUCAUUGUCCACCAAGUAAGUGAGAUCAUUGGCAUGGAUUUCAGAUGUGUGUUUGGUCAUGGUCCACCAAGUAAGUGAGAUCAUUGGCAUGGAUUUCAGAUGUGUGUUUGGUCAUUGUCCACCAAGUAAGUGAGAUCAUUGGCAUGGGUUUCAGAUGUGUGUUUGGUCAUUGUCCACCAAGUAAGUGAGAUCAUUAGCAUGGGUUUCAGAUGUGUGUUUGGUCAUGGUCCACCGAGUAAGUGAGAUCAUUGGCAUGGGUUUCAGAUGUGUGUUUGGUCAUGGUCCACCGCGUAAGUGAGAUCAUUGGCAUGGGUUUCAGAUGUGUGUUUGGUCAUUGUCCACCAAGUAAGUGAGAUCAUUAGCAUGGGUUUCAGAUGUGUGUUUGGUCAUGGUCCACCGAGUAAGUGAGAUCAUUGGCAUUGGUUUCAGAUGUGUGUUUCGUCAUGGUCCACGAUGUUGAUUGGUUUUUUAAUAUUUAAAAGUUUUUUAAAAAGAAAAAAAAAACUUACAUCCAAACGUCAAUUGAAAAAAAAACCUUCAAUAUAUUUGUUUAUUUUGUAAUCUUAUUUUUACCAUAUUUUCCCAUUGUUAACACCUAUUUCGGUGGCAAAGUCAAAAUGUAACAAGCGUUUCCCCCAAACCAUUACGAGCCACUUUCGGACCAUUCCAACACAAGGUAGGAGACUCACGGAGACUGUUGAAAUAUAGCGGAAUGACAUCGUUCAUGUUCAGAGCGUGAUUCUGAUAACCUAUGCCUGGCAGUUUUAGUUUUAGCUCUAGGAGAGGACAGCGCUAGAGAUGAUUCUAGAAUCGACAACUUCAUCUCAAAGCAAAACUGAACAUGACAACACCAGCUAUAUGACACCUGAUCGUCAUUCAUAUUGAAGCAUUUCGAAUGUAUCAACAUGUUGCCAACAACACACCAUAUCGUCAUUCAUACUGAAGCAUUUCUAAUGUAUCAACAGGUCUAUGCCUGGGGGGGCAGACGUCGGGGCAAAACAUUCUUAAAGGGUAUAGAGGUGAAGAUUAUGGUGACCACUGAUACAGGAUUGUACCAUCAUGCAACGCGGAUCUAUGGUGAGGCCCGUUACGGUGCAUACAAAGUAAGUUCGCCAUGAUAAUUCUUUCAACAAAACAAACACUUUAAAAUUAAGCUUUUCCAAAAAUGUAUUAAAAAGUGUAAAAUAAUCCCCCCCCCCGCCCCCGAAAUCUCAUACUCGUUACAGUAGAAUGACUAAGAAAGCGUGGGGCGCCCAUGAAAUGCAAUGAUGUCGCAGGGCUCGACAGAUACAAUGUUAUACACAUGGAUACGUUUCGAUUGCUGCAAGUAAAUGUUAUGUAACAUAGUUGUUACGACACCGAUUAUUUAAUCGUGGAAAUACGAGUUCUCACAACUGUCUUGCGUUACUGUUGUAUGCUCCCAUCGAUGGUGAUCUUGAGAAGUGGAAUGAAAUUAGCGAUACCACUGCGUGCAUGACUUGGCGAUUUGCAAAGAAAAUUCAGUUCAUGGGCGUCCCAUGAAUUUUUAAACCACAUGACUGUAACAGCGCUGAAGUUUUGGAGAACAUUCAUUUUAUUCUUUUUUUUUUUUUAGCAAAUUUUGGGAAAAGCGUGUUUUUUAAAAAGCAUUUUUUAUAUUGGUUAAUUUUAUUCUUUUUUAGUCUUGUAAGAGGAAAAAUCAUUUUUUUUAGAUAAUUGAACAUAAUUUAAGAAGCUUUUUUUUUUUUUUUUUUUUUUUUUAGCAAAUUUUGGGAAAAGCGUGUUUUUUAAAAAGCAUUUUUUAUAUUGGUUAAUUUUAUUCUUUUUUAGUCUUGGAAGAGGAAAAAUCAUUUUUUUUAGAUAAUUGAACAUAAUUUAAGAAGCUUUAACCAUGCAUAAGGAAACGCUAUAGUGAAAACCCGAUGUUCCAACAUUUUCCGUUCCUAAGAUAUCCGCUGAGGUCAUUCAAGGGUCAGUGUAGAUCAUGAAGGGUUGUAUUGUCAUCGGGGGUGGGUAAGAUUACAAAGUGUCAGCUCAGUUUGAGAUCAGGAAGUGGGCCAAAAAUUGAUAUGCAAGACUUGACAACACACACACGAACAACACCCCCCCCACACACACACAUUAAAGUGUUUGUAUAAAUCCUUUAUAUGGAUUUAUUUAACUGCAUAUGAUUUAUCAUUUAUUUAUAAGUGCGAAGUUUCAAUUCGAUAACAUGGCGGGAAGUGGGUCAAUUAGCCUUCCGAAGAUUUUUGCCACACAGACACACGAACAAAAGCGAAGUUCAUUAUAAACGAUUUAAAAAUGGCAUGACAGAUGGCACUAGCAGUGACAGGAAUCGAUCCAGACUUCAGCCUAAUUUAGGCAUAUGACGUUUUGUCCACACACACACACACAAAAGAGUGUAUCAACUUUUUAAAAUCGUUAUCAACCUAAUUCAUUGUGUUAUGUCGUGCAAUUAUUAACAGACAUCGCCUCCGAAUGCCGCCCGCAAGAGAUGUCCCACUCCAGUGAAUUGCGUUCAAAGUCUCAGGCAUUAGAAAUAAGUUUAAAACUAUCGCCGUGUCUGAGCACUGUUUGAAACCUUUUGAGGGCGUCGAGACAUGGUGGCAGCGUCCUCCGUACGGUAUAUCAUCGUCUGAAUUUUACACGCAGUGCUAUACAGAGUUAUGGACUCCUCAGGGACCGUGACAUAUUAUAUACAGUGAAAGGGUAGGGAGGGUUAAUUUAGCAUUUUUGUUGUAUUAUGGGGUGGUGGUGGUCCAGAACAAGGGUAGAUCUAUAUUACAAUUCCUUUUAUUAUUUCAAUUAUUGUUUCUGCGAAAUUUAUGCUCUAAAAAAAAAAAAAAAAAAAAAAAAACAAUUUCUCAAAAUAAUUAGCAUAUAAUAUAAAAAGAAAAUAUAUUUCUGGCAUUUUACUUGAAACUUUCUUGUUUCGACUUCCUUUUUAAAAAAAAAAAAUUAAAGGGGGGGUGGGGGGAGUGGUUGUUAGAAAUUUUAUAUAAUAUUAAGGGUUUUUCAAUGGACAUGUUCUAUAACGGUAUUAGAUGUAACGAUGGGUAUAAAUGGCAUAUUUUUGUGUUAUGCAAUAAGUGCACGGUCACUUAUUUGGCUGUAUCCAGAUUUCCAAGGGCCCUUCUUCUGGCCUUGAACCGUUUCUCAUUGAGGACUGUCGUUUAAGGUCACGUUCUAUUUUUAGCCUUCCCUUUCAGUUCACAGAAGAAGGCAACACGUUCGCGUUUGGCAGUGGGCUGUACGGGUGGCCAGUUCAAACACAGAUACCAGAUUAUGGAUACAUCCGGACCGAAUACGACAACGUCUACAACAUAGCGAUACUCAAUGUGGAACUGUGUGGUAUCGUAGUCGCUUUAAGGUGAGGGAAUGUGCCUUGAAAAAAUAUCGUAUUCUCAUUAAGGUAAAUGACUUGGUCAUGGCGUAUAUUCACAAUAUAGCUAUCGCAAUGAUAUGCAGAGAAGCCUAAAAAUCACAAUCACCAUUCUUCACUUCACCACGUUCGACUGACAACAGCCCAAGACCAAAAAGCCUGGGCUCUUCCAUGGUAGAUGGCAAAUAGUUAUUGUUAAGAUUCAGAUUUGAAAAGAUCCUCCCAAAAGGAGCCAGAGACAAACAGAUUGUGAGAUUUAAUUGUUGGCGAAAUGAAUAGGAUCGUGGAGAGACUCUUAGGAAGUCCCGUGCUAUGAAAUUCAAAUCGUUAAAUUUCCACCAAUCAUUGGCGUCAUCAAGAUAAUUAUAUGCUGCUUUCGUUUGCCUUCGCAGCCUUUAUUUCAAUUAAAAGUUCACUUUCCGAUAACUCAUCCUAGAAAGGGGUCAUUUUUGCAAUGGACACCAGUGGCUCUUCUGAAGUUGCUAACAGUAGAUUUUUAGCAUGAACAGACUCUAUCGCAACUUCUACUUCUUUCAUGGCUGUUGAUCGGAUUCGGAGUUCAGAAUGAAAACGAUCAAUUCAAAGGCAUCGCUGUCUCAUUGUUCGUCCUGAUGGGUGAAUCCGCCAUCUCUUGACUGGGAGAAUUAAGGUUAUCGGCUUCUUCACAUGUUGUUGGAAAUGGACCUGUCUAUGCAUGUUAGCGGUCACGUGCUAUUUACAUACCACUAGACUGUGCACGUUUUUGCGAUGUCGGCCCAUGGUCAACUGGGCCACUAUUUCCUUGAGGACUUGGAAGGCAAUGGUCUUACCAUCACCCAAGAAAGUUACAGGGCCAUGGUGAUCGAAACCAUCUCAUACGGAUUUGAGACGGUUCUUUCGUGCAAGGAACCUUCCCAUGAAUGGAGAGUGGCAUAAACAGGACGGGGGGAACCAGCCAUUUCGCUCGAGAAUCUAUUGCCAUGCUGCAAGUUUUGAAUCACGUCACGUGGUACUGACUUCCCAUACCCGUCUCAAUCCCCCGAUCUUACGCCACCUGAUGCCUACUUUUGGGGAAUCUUAAAGGGGAGUGUGUUCAACUGUGAAGAUCCACCAAGAACUGUGAAGAUCCACCAAGGACUGGGAAAAUCCACCAAUACCUUUGAAGAUCAACCAAGAUCAGUGCAUUCAUUGCGCGACAAAAUAGUCUCCCUUUGCAGCUACCAUUUUUCAGUGAUACCGGGGAAUGUUUGAAAAUCUACGCUAGCGAUAUGAGCACUGUACAGCGAGGCAGUGCUAGCGAUAUGAGCACUGUACAGCGACGCGGUGCUAGCGAUAUGAGCACUGUACGGCGAGGCGGUGCUAGCGAUAUGAGCACUGUACGGCGAGGCGGUGCUAGCGAUAUGAGCACUGUUUUGCGAGGCGGUGCUAGCGAUAUGAGCACUGUACGGCGAGGCGGUGCUAGCGAUAUGAGCACUGUACGGCGAGGCGGUGCUAGCGAUAUGAGCACUGUACAGCGACGCGCUGCUAGCGAUAUGAGCACUGUACGGCGAGGCGGUGCUAGCGAUAUGAGCACUGUACGGCGAGGCGGUGCUAGCGAUAUGAGCACUUUACGGCGAGGCGGUGCUAGCGAUAUGAGCACUGUACGGCGAGGCGGUGCUAGCGAUAUGAGCACUGUACGGCGAGGCGGUGCUAGCGAUAUGAGCACUGUACAGCGACGCGGUGCUAGCGAUAUGAGCACUGUACGGCGAGGCGGUGCUAGCGAUAUGAGCACUGUACGGCGAGGCGGUGCUAGCGAUAUGAGCACUGUACGGAGAGGCGGUGCUAGCGAUAUGAGCACUGUACGGCGAGACGGUGCUAGCGAUAUGAGCGCUGUACGGCGAGGCGGUGCUAGCGAUAUGAGCACUGUAUGGCGAGGCGGUGCUAGCGAUAUGAGCACUGUAUGGCGAGGCGGUGCUAGCGAUAUGAGCACUGUAUGGCGAGGCGGUGCUAGCGAUAUGAGCACUGUACGUCGAAGCGGUGCACACUAUAAACAUUUACGUUGCCCCAUACACGCGGUAAAUCAACACACUACAAGCGUGUAUGUUAGUUUCUGUCACGAGAAAUGCGUUUGCAGAUGACAAUAAGGAAAACUAGUUACUCUUUUCUUUUCAGUACAGUAACUUUUGGCGCAUGCUGUAAUACUACAGGCGAGUCUGUAUUAUGCGGUUUAAGAAUUUAAUCUCAUGUCAGUUUUUCUGUUAUUGUUAAUUUUAUUGACGGCACUUGUACAAAUAUUUUUAAAAAAUCAUCUCAAAAUGUGUGCAUUUAAUAAUGUUUUGUAUGAAACACCCGGACCCUGUUACGCUUUUUUUCCCAGUCCGAGUGUCGUCCGGGUGUGUAAUACUCGGAAUAUCCGGGUCAUACCCGGCUCAGUCCUAGAAAUAACCAAUUUUACUUUACUCUUUACAGACCAGCAGAGCUUGAAGAAGAUCCAUUAUUGCUACCAUCUGGCAUGUUUAUUUCUGUUACGCAGCCUUGUGGUGAGUGUACUUUGUCGCAUAGAAAAAAAAAAUGUAGGAAAUUAUCUAAGAAAAAAAAAAAUUAGGGAAUUUUCUAAAACGGGGGGGGGGGAGGCAAGGGCCCCCCCCCCCCCCCGGACUGUAGCCACUCCAAUCACUGGUUCGCAAUAUUUCAAACCAUCCUAGUUUAUAUCACUAGCCUAUUCCUACCCCUGAGUGGUCUACACACGCUUUUUGAAUCCUAGUUGGUUAGCUUUUGCCGGCAUAAUUUAUGAAAAGGCUUUGCUUAAUUCUGUUAUAAUUUGUGUGACUUUCUACAACUGAACUAUAUUAGUAUUAUUAUUAUUUCUCAAACUCCAGGAAUAAAGUACCUCUCUAUUGAGCAGAGCUUGUGCUCACCUCCCCCUGGAGACGGGCCCUCGCUGGAGGACCAGGCAGCUGAGCUGUCCGCGAGGGUUGGGACACGUGUGUCAAUAAAAACUAUGGCCCUGUACAAGGUCAUAACAAGUGACGUCACUCAGAAUUUGUAAGUAGAGGAUAACAGCAUGACGAGGCUGUGACGCGGGCUUGGAAUAACUCGUUAUUUCAGUAGGGUUUAACACCAAUCUGUGCCAGUGUCCCCCAAAGAUAUACAUUCAGCCCUCAUACUCAUAACGAAAUAGUUACUUGAGGUAAUAGCCAAGGAAACCCUGUUUCUGUUCAGCGGCUUUUUCUGUGGGGUUGGGGGGGGGGGAGGGGGUGUGGAGGUGGCUGUCCACGGGCAAGGUUGACUAGAUUCACCACUGGUGCAGAAUGUCUUUGUCUUUUGUCUUUACCGUUAUUGCUGCAAACUGCUGAAAGAUUACUCGGAUGGGGCUGGUGACUCCAGGCCCAACCCUCCGCCUUUAACCUAACCCGGGACAGGCUGCUAGUCACGGGAACAAGCUGUUGGUCAACAGAACUUCAACGGGACAAGCUGUUGGUCAACAGAACUUCAACGGGACAAGCGGUUGGUCAACAUAACUUCAACGGGACAAGCUGUUGGUCAACAUAACUUCAACGGGAACAAGCUGUUGGUCAACAUAACUUCAACGGGACAAGCUGUUGGUCAACAGAACUUCAACGGGACAAGCGGUUGGUCAAAAAAAACUUCGCCGACAUCAUUCCCCAAAUAUAAUCAAUGCCCAAUCUAAGGUCCUGUUUUAGAAAAUAAUAUAAUAAUUUUGCCCUGAACUCUAAAAUGCCAACUGUUUCAGUCCUGGGGCUUCCCCCUUCCACAUCAUGAUGAGUGAGACGGCCAAAACGUGCGACUUGGAGAUACUAAUCCCAGCCCUGGAGCAAUGUGGCUUCAUAUUGCAACAUCCAAAAAUGUUCAACUGCAUCGAUACCACAACAGACAUGCAAAAGGUAAACUGCUCAAUCAUUCCAGGUAGGUACUGAAUCAUUCCAGGUAGGUACUGAAUCACGUAGGUAAGUACUCAAUCAUUCCUGGAAAGCACUGAAUUAUUCUAGAUUGAUACUGAAUCAUGCAGGUAAGUACUGGUACUGAAUCAAUCCAGGUAAGUACUCAAUUCUAGGUAGGUACUGAAUAAUUCCCAUUUAGCACUUAAUCAUUCCAAUUUAUUUUUUAAAUACUUCACUUCCGAAUCACGCCAGCCAAUGAAAAUGCACUAUGCUCAAAGAAGUACCAAUGAUAAAUUGAUAAAGUAUUGAGGCAUUCUUUUAUUCUACUACAGGAAGAUAUCUGGAAGACAUGCAGUGCUUUCAAUUUUUUUUAUUACAGUAUAAGUUUUUACCAAUAGGGCACCACUUGAGUAGCCAUUCAGCACCACUAGACUAGCAAUAGAGCACCACUAUAGCAAUAGAGCACCAUUAUAGCAAAAGAGCACCAUUAUAGCAAAAGAGCACCACUAUAUCAAUAGACCACCACUGGACUAGCAAUAGAGCACCACAAUGGCAAAAGAGCACCAUUAUAGCAAAAGAGCACCACUAUAUCAAUAGACCACCACUGGACUAGCAAUAGAGCACCACAAUGGCAAAAGAGCACUACUAUAGCAAUAGAGCACCACUAUAGCAAAAGAGCCCCACUAUAGCAAUAGAGCACCAAAUAACAAAGAGCUAUUCCUAUAAGGCCCCUCAGUGUCAUUAUUGUUAUCAAUUUAGAAUAUGUGUGCCUUUACCUCAUGUAAAAGUAUCACUGUUUAUUAAUCAGUAGAGCACUACUAUAGCAAUAGAGCACCACUAGACAAGCAAUAGAGUGCCGCUGUAGCAAUACAACGCCACUACGGGCCAUGGGAGCAGACGGCUUGAGAACCAAAGUGGCAAACAUGUCUCUAAUGUCAUGCCAUUUGUCCCCAUUUCCCAGGCUGUCUACAUGAUUGACGAAUGCUUCUUCGCUUACUGUGAAAGUAAUAGUGCGUUGUGCAAGGAGGUGCAGAUCAACAUCAGAACUUCUGGCUGUGCAGACAAGGUUCCUACACAUGAGCGGACCAUAAUGAACCACACCUGCGACUUUGACUACUGAAAGCAACAUCAACAUGUUUCAGAAGACAUUUCGUAAAAAACUGAAUGAUUUAAUUAUUACUGAAUUCAUGCUUUCCCAUCAGAAUGGUGGUAUAUAAACAGAUUGUAUUUUCAAGGUUUAAAAGUUUAUCUCUGUUACAGCACACAAUCCCCUAAAAAAAAUGCUUUUAAUCUAAAUAACUAGUUUUUUUUUAAAUAAUUUGGGUUGAACCACAUGUACUAAAAUUAUAACUACUGGGUGUACAGAAGUAGAGCAUCAAAGAAAAUUUGGAUUGUAACAUUUAACAACAGUUUGUGUUAUUUUAACAAGGCAUAUUGAUAACAGUGAUAUAAUCUCAAAGAUGAUUUAACAACUUGCCAGGCUGGCUCUGACAUUCUAUGGGAACAUCUGACAUUCUAUGUGAACAUUAUGUAUUUAGAUUUAAUUCUAAGAGAAAUUCUGAGAGCUGACCUGAUCAACAAUGACUUGCUUUUUGUUUAUUAUUUGGAAUGUUCAUCGUUCAAAUGAAAUAUUUCAAUUUACUUAUGCCACUGUUACAGUGAUAAAAAAAGUGUGUUUUUAAACUCUCACCAAAGUUGCUCUAUCUAAGAUCUCAACUGAACAUUCUAUUGAAUAUUAGCAUGUUAAAAUAAAACAUAUAGAGAAGAAGAAGAAGGAGGAGAUAAAGUCAAUUUAAUGAAUUGAGUAUUCCUUUUGCCAUUAAAGGAGAAAGAAGUCAGGUGUUUUGGAAUAUGUUUAUUUUCAAGCACAACUAUGUACACAUUACGUUGUCAAUCCAAGCUCUCUCAUUCACAGUCACUCAAAAUGCUGGUUAUGACAUGUCUGUGUCAUCCACAUGGUUUUCCUUGUAGUAUUUUGUAGAGGACUGAAAACAUAAUGAAGUAAACCUGGAUAUUUUCAUCAGUUACUUUGAGGGAAUAUUUCAAAGAAGGUUCUAAAGGACAUCAAACAUUUUGGAAAUAAUUUUUUUUUAGCUUGAACGUUCUAAGACACAUAGCAUUAUUAAUUAGUGUCUUAACUGACAUGAACUUAUUUCAUGUUAGUGUUUGCUCCAGCUAUUUUCAGCUGCUGGUUUUCAAAAACAUGCCAACAUGUCAUUCACAAUUCAACAGAUAUUUUUAUUGGUCAUUGGCUAUUCAUUUUAAAUUUAUUGAGGAUUUAAAUAUGAGUCACAUGACUUCUCAAGAGCAUUAGACUUGACCAGUGUCAUGAAUGAAAUAGCUCCAUCAUGGCAACAAACCUAUUUUGCAACCAAUCUACAAGUACAAAUACAUGAUCAACCAUUGUGACAGUGACAUUACUUAUAAUAAACUUACUUCAAAUGUUGUGAGCAUAUGGCUGCACAUCUGUUUCAGAUCCUUGAAGGCCUGUUUUAAAACAUCAACUGCUGGUCGACCUGGAUAGGAUGUUUAAAAAAAAAUUGAAUUAAAGCAAAGUUAAAUUUCCAAUCAUUGUCAUCCUUAAAAAUGAAUGUCCUACUCUAAAUGGAAACAUUCAAAAACUAUAUUAUAUAAGAAUACUUAAGGAAAUUUGAUGAGUAAUUUUCACAUUUGUAAUAAAACAAAUAUGUCUGGGAUUUAAAAUUAAAUAAUAAACAAAUAAUGGAGUGAAUUUGUGACAUUUCCAUUUAUACUUAGUUACAGUUAUUCAUAAGUAAUUUUGGGGAUAAAGUCAAAAUUAUUAGCUGCAAAAAAAAAAAAAAAAAAAACUUUUGCCAGUUAUGCAAACUUAAAAGCAAAAUAGAAUCAGACAAAUUGUACGGGCAGCUUAAAAGUAGUAAAUAGAACGUCUUUGCCGUGAGGAGAAACUCUGCUUACCUGAUGUCUGAAUACGGAGGUUUAUUUUGCUUUCAGAUGGAUGUGUUAUACUGUAACCUACAAAUAUUACCUCUGGGCUGAAAAUAUAUUAUGUUGGAAUUAUGUCUCAACCACAUUCGAGCAAUUUUUUUUAGCUUUUGGAAAUUAUUCUUUCAUUCCCAAAAACUUAUGACAUCUUCUCCCUAGUAAUCCCUAUACAUUUUACGCUCUAUAUAUGUCUUUUUUAAUUUACAGGGUAAAACUGAGAGUUAAGAAAAGAUUAUCCUUUAAUAUACUCUUUAGUUUCUACUUUCGAAAUGUCUAGAAAUUGAAUUUUUUUACAUUUAUUAGCAGUAUUAUUUUAUAACAAAAAUACAUAAUGAUACUGCUAUUACAAAAAUAACUCUUUCAUUAUCUUUUCACAAGGAAAUAUUUUUACUAGAAGUAUAAAAUGGGCCUACUUUUUAUUUAAAAUAUAUUUUAAUGCAUUUCCUAAAGUGUGGUCUUCAUCAUGAAGUAUAAAAGUCUGCACAGUUUCAUCUCCAUCAUUUCUUGUAUCCAGCUAAAUGAAAUAUGGCAUGAAGUGAAAAAUUAAUUUAAAAAAAAUUAGAAUUCUAACUGCAGGCUGAUAUAGACAUGAUACAAAAAAACUAAAUGAUGAACAAACAUAACAAACAUUGGAACCCAGCUGAAAGGCAAGUUUGACUAUAAUGCAAACGUGGCAUGGCUCCUAAAAUUUCAUACCUACCUACUUGAACAUAAUUUUUUUUUUUUUCAAAGUACCAUAGAGGUGGAGGAAAAAAAAAGUAUAAAAUAUAUACAUAUAUUCUCCUGCAACAUAAUCCCAAAUCCACUCUAACUAAUUAAACUUCAACACCCCAAUCAACUAUAAAUGACAAGAGAUUUAAAAAUGUGUUUUUAAAAUAAUGAAAUGCCCUAAUCCUAUCUUCCUUUAUUUUAAAAAUCUUAAGGCUAUUUGCAAGGAAUAUGGUAAAUCCAGCAUUUAAGACGUUAACGUUACUGACGGUAAGUUACAGUUACAUUAAUCAUUAAUGUCGCUGUGACAUAAUUAAUGUGAUAAUUGGUGUCCAUAAAUCUAGAGGUUUCACUGCACUUAUUUAUAGGAUAGCCUCCUAUUAUUUUGUAAGUCAUAAGCCUUGCAAAAAUUUAAAGAUUAAUGUGAAAAGAUAAGAUCACUCAAUACUCAAAAGAACAGUAUGUCAUGUCAGUUAUUUGUCAAUACAAUUAUCUAUAAAUAAAAGUAAAAUUACAUUAUUAAGCCUAAAAAGUAAGAAGUUUUGAUGUAUUUAUGCAAUAGGAUCAUUGAAAAUAUAAAUGAAAUUACCAUUUCCAGUGCAGGUUUUUUCAUUGUUUCUUGAGUUGCCAUAAUUCAACCUGAAAAAAAAAAAAACAUGUCAACCACUCAUCAGAAACUUAUCAAUCAAUUUAAAUAAAAAUAAUUGUAAUUUAAAAUUAUAAAAUAAAUGUUAGUUAGUUAUUAGGCCCAGUACCGGAUUUAGAUAUAGGCUGCUGCUAGAGCCGCAAUUUCCAUAGAGACAAAUAUAUGGGGAAAAAUAAUGGAGAAAAUAUGGAAAAAGUAUGAAAGAAAAAUUAAGAUAACAAAGAGCUAUUUCUAUAAGGCCCCUCACUGUCAUUAUUGUUAUCAAUUUAGAAUAUGCGUACCUUUACCUCAUGUAAAAGUAUCACUGUUUAUUAAUUAUAUAUUAAUGUUAAUUUUGUAGAAAGUACAUGAAAAUAAUAUAACUGUGACCCAAUAACUAGUAUUUAGUUAAUAACAUAAAAAUAUAUAAGUGUUUUACUCUCAUUCAUGUACAGAAGACCGUUGAUUUUCAAACUAAUUGAGGGUAGGUGGGGGAGGGUUUGUGUUCUGAUAACAGACCACUAUCAUGGAAAGGUUGUGUUAAAAGAAAAAUUUAGAGUCAUGAUUAAAUCUAUAAAUAUCUUAUAGCAAUUCAAAUUCAGUGUUUAAAUGGGCCAUCCAUUUAUUACGUAUGAGGCGGGAGGCAGAAUGAGUACAUACAGUGGCGUAGCAAAGGUAAUGUCCCCCAUGGGGUGGUCCAAGAUGUUUGCCGCCCGCAUCCAAGAAAAAACUCUACAGUUGGCAGAAAAUACUGCCCCUCCAUAUGAAGAUUUUUUAUCUAUAUAAGGAGGGGCGGUAUUUUUGAUCAAUGGAAGAGUUUUUUUGAGUGGAAAGAGUGGUAAACAUCUUGGAUCACCCCACUCAUCACCUAGACUGAACAUUCUGCAUUGAUUAACCUGAAAUUCUGACAGAUCAUAAAAAGCAUAUAACCUCUAAUAAAGUCAACUGUCAUCUAAAAAUCUGAAACAAUAUUAAUUUGCCUUGUGAUUUACUGUAGUCUACCAUAAGCCUUUCAAUUUCUGUUUGUUUUACUGAUGAAAGUAUUAGCGUAGACCAAACAUCUUAAAUGUGUAAUUUUUCUUAAAAUAAAGCUUACCUAGACUGUUUUAUGUGCAAAUGAUAUUUGAGUCUUAUUAACAGACCCGUUUACCCUCGAACUCCUAAAAUCGUACAAUAAUGUCUUAACAGAAAAUCAAUAAACAAACAGUAUAUAUAAUGUAUACAAUAACUAUUCGCAUCGCAUGUCUAGUGGAAUCGAGUUAAGCUGAUGUCAAAAAAGGUAACUGAAGGUAAAAGUAGAUGACUGACGAUUAUAUUGCAAUAUGUGGUCACUUUUUUUGCAGACAUGUGUCUGCUAUAGAUAUCAAUUAAUAUUCAGGUGAAAGUACAGAUCACAUGAUCACAGUCUCUCACCAGUAAAAAUAAAGACACUGUUGAAACUCAAAAUCAGAUCAGCAUAAAAUAAAAUCUAUUAGAAUAUGAAUUAACACAUUCAACCAUCAUUAAAAAAAAAUGUACCAAGUGACUUGAGAUUUAUUUUUUAGGAAAACUUGUUUUCAAAAAAAUAACAAGAAUCAAUAUCCAUUAUGCCCAUUUCCUGUUAACAUAAUACAGUCUGAUAACUACCACAAGCUUUAAAUUGGUGAAAGGAAGAGUGGUAUUAAAAAUUGUACAGCCCCCUCAAAUGCUAUUUAAUAUGUUGAAAUCUAAUAUUGCUGCACUGAACAAUUGAGAGUGCAUUCUCUAGUUUUUUCCCUUUCUGCACUUGCCGUGGUCCAAUCAUAAGAAAUAAUUAUGUCACAUACAGCACCGAAGCAAAAAAAUAUGAGGAGGGGCCAUCUUUAUGGUACGUAUGCAAAAAAUGUCAAAUUUUUUACCUCCUCCCCCUGUUGCACACAUAAUUUUUUGGUGACCCCCAUUCGAACGUACAAUGAGCUUUCAAAACACACAGCCCCCCUUCCCAAAAUAAGACAACCAACAAAAUGCAAUGAUUUUUCUAUAACUAUGAUUAACAGUAAACAAAAUGUGACACAGGUUUUCACUGCUGGCUAUUCUGCGAGCCCAGUGGUUCCCAGAAUAUAUGCCGCAUCACCCUGGGUGCUCACUGCCCUCUGAAAGGGCCAUGAGAAUGGGGUGAAGAGCUACAAUUCACCUGUUGGCCUUUAAGUAAUAGGCCUACACAACAAAGUCCUACACCCUACCUGCCAGUGCCUUUUUUAUUAUCGCAAUUCUCUCUCCCUCUCAGCAUUGCUUCCUUCUAGAAUGCAUCAUUGCUUAACCCCCAUCCCCACUUUGUUUUGGUAAUAUACCCAAGUAUUUUUUUCUAUUAAUUGUUUGCGAGAUACCCAGUAAAUGCGGCUGUACUGUUUGCGAUCACGUGACAAGGCUGACGAACAAAUAUCUCGCGCCACUUUGUUAUAGCGGUCAUGUGACUUGGUCGCCGGACGAAUAUCUCGAUAAAGAAUUCGUCCGGUCGCCGGACGUGUAAACACUGUCUUAAACAAUAGUCCUAGACAGACUUACACCAUACCUGUGACCGUGGCUUUUUAUUGAUUAAUAUAAUAGUCGCCUCCCCCAAAGAAAAAAAUUAACCUAUUUAGCAAGUUCAAUCAUCAAGAAUGAAGCUCUCUGCGUGACAGCCUUUUUUGUCACUCAGUUCAGUACAAGUACAAAUAACGGUAAAUGGUGAUCGUGGAUGCCAUGAUUGGCCACCAUCUUGGUUGAGAAACCAGUUGAUUCUGUCACUAAAUCUAAGUAAAUGUAUCCCGAAACCUAACCUGAACCAUAAAUGUAUCCUUAAACCUUAACUGAACCCUAAUUCACGGCAACACCUAAAAGAUGUGGUGGCAUCCACAACUAUCAUUAGCCUACUAAAAAUAUAAAACAUGUGGAUUUAGGGUAGGGGAAAGUAAGCAUUUUUUAUUCUUGCCUAUAUAUAGCUUAAACUUUACCCUGCUUGCUAAUGUUGGCAGUGAAUAUGAGUAGGCCUCUGAACUGUUAAAUUUGACUUCCACUUGGUUUUGUAAAUUUAGUAAAUCAUUAUUUUAUUUUAUUAAUCAUUACAAAAAUUAAAAUAUAAACAAAGAAAGUACAAUAAAAUACAAUGACUCAAUGAUCAAUGUUAGUCGAUAGUCUAACUGCAAAACAACUUCCUAAAUUAUGUCCUGUUACAUGGGCAGGAGGCUAUUUCAUUAUCAAGGUAUAACUCACCAAGUAUGGUAUUCGGAAAAACCUAUAUUGCGUGCUUUAUUUAUAUUAAAUAAUAUAAACGUUUAGAGUCUAAUAAAUCCAACAAACUAUAAAUUUUAGUUGUCUUACACAAAUAAAGGAGAG